GUCAAUACGAAUUACCUAACCUCUAAACACACGUGUAUGAAUUUAUUUGAAUGGUUUUAAAAAAUGGAAAGUGAUGCGAGUGAUAAUUACGAAGAUUUGUACACCGAAGAAGAUGCCUCCAAACAUGAUAAAUUGGUGCAAAAGGUUCUAAGUUUGAACAAGACGCAACAACUAAAGAAACCUUCUCGGACCGAACCAACCCUCCAAAUCUCCGAAUUCAACUUAGUAAAGUCUAUAACCGGCAACAAAGGUGCAGUUCACUUAAAUGAUUUGGCUAAAUCGUUGAAAGACAGGAAAAGUCGGUUAAAAAUUAGCGAGAAUGUCCGAAAAAUCCAAAGACAAUCUCACACACUCCCUAAGCCUCUGGAAAAGCCCCAAGCCAAUCGAAUUCGAAGGAGCGUCGCCUAUGAAAAGACACGACUGAAAUUGGACCGGUGGGAAGCCACCGUCACAGCAAACCGUGUCUCGACUAACUUAUCCUUUCCCUUAAACAAUGAUUUUAAAUUGGAGAAAAAGGAAUCAGAGAAGUUUCCCACCAUGUGGCGUGUGAAAUCUAGCCUUCAACAGGAACUGGAGAAGAUUGAACCGAAAACUGAGGAGUUUCAUAUUGAUUUAGAGCAAGAAAAGUUUCCACUGACGAUGAAGGAAAUGCUGGUUCGGCGUCAAGAAGCAGCAAAAUUGAGGGCGUACCAAGGGUACAAAGAAGCCAAAGCUCGACGGCAGAAUAAAAUCAAGAGCAAGAAAUAUCACAGGAUACAGAAACGUGAAAGGAUUAAAAAACAGUUGAAGGAAUUUGAACAACUGCAGAAGACCAAUCCAGAGGAGGCGUUAAAAAAAUUAGAGGAGAUUGAGAAGUCGAGGAUUGAGGAGAGAUUCAGUUUGAGACAUAAGAGUACAGGAAAGUGGGCAAAGAAUCAGCAAAUCAGGGCCAAGUAUGAUAAAGAGAGUAGGCAAGUUUUAGCACAACAACUAACAUUAAGUCGCGAACUCACUCAAAAACUGAAAACUAACAGCGACUCUGAAGAUGACGAAGCAGAAGAAAAGGUUCCCGAUGUGGUUGAUGAAAAUAAUCCAUGGGUCAACGGUAUCAAGCCUGAAAAAGAAGUUGCUGAUUUUAUCAGUGGUUAUCGAAAAUACUGGAUGGAAAAGAAUAAAGAAGAAGGACAAACUGAACAAUUGCAACAAGACAUGUCUGAAGAAACUACAACUUUUAAUAAAGAAACAGUGCCCAAAAAGAAAAAAGAAACGAGGGAGAAAAAUGAAGAAGAAGGAAAAAUUGAACAACAAGACAUUUCUGAAGAAACUCCAACCGUUAAUGAAACAAAAGUGUCCAAAAAGAAGAAAGAAUCAAAGGCUAGUCCGAAGAAAAAUUCAAGUGAAAAUUUAAAUAAAACCAUGUCAACGUCAGAGUGGGAAAUUAGUGUUGUGGAAAAUACUGCAGACGUAGAAAAUAUGUUUAAUAAAUUUGAAAAUAAGCUUCACAGAAAAAUGUUGAGGAGUGUCAAGAAACUAAAGAAUAAAUUAAAUAAAAAAGACAAGGCAAAUAAGGAAUCUAAAAGGGAAAUAGUUGAUAAUAAAAUCGAUUUAACUCUGAAUCCACAAAAGAAAAUUCCAAUCAUUGACGAAGAAUUAAUUGAAAAUCCUAAUUCCAAUUCCGAAAAUGUUCAAAACAAUGAAAAUUUGUCAGACUUGAGAAACAUCGCAUUUAAAGAAUUGAAUCAAAACGAGUCAAACAUAGACCCUGACAAAUACUUGAAGAUCAAACCAACAAAUCUUUCAACAGCAAUUCCAGACAUCUUAACAGAAGAUAACGAAGAACCCACUCAACGCGAAAUAAUCUCAGAAGCAUUCGAAGACGACGACAUUGUCCAAGAAUUCGCCAAAGAAAAACAGGACGAGAUCGAUCGAGAUAAGCCCAAAGAUGUCGAUCUGAGUUUACCCGGCUGGGGGAGUUGGGGUGGUACCAACAUAAAAAUUAGCAAGCGUAAAAAACGAAGAUUCACGAUCAAAGCACCGCCUAAAGUACCUAGAAGAGACGAUAAUAAAGGAGCCUUGAUUAUCAACGAAAAAGCGCAAAACAAAAUCAAAGAACAUAUGGUGUCUGAAGUUCCAUUUCCUUUUAAAACUGUGAAGGAUUUUGAGGCGAGUAUGAGGGCGCCCAUUAGUAACACCUUUGUGCCGGAAACAGCCUAUAGGAGGUUGAUCAAACCGGCAGUUACAACUCAAAUGGGGAGCAUUAUUGAACCAAUAAGUAAAAAUAUUCUUUUAAAUAAAAAUAAUUAA